UUACCGGUGGACGUAUCGUGGACGUCGUUAAUGUGUUUGGAACAAAAAAAAAAAAAAAACUUAAACAGAUCUUUUAAGAAAAAAAGAAGAAACUUAACUAUAUGCUUUAAGUGCUGCCAGCCACUGUUGCCACAUUAUUGGAAAUUAUUAUCAUUAUUAUCGGCAAUGAAAUUAUUUUGUGCAGUAGUUCGUUCUUCACUCAAAUCAUAAGUGACUCCUGCAAUUAAGUUGCUAAAGCUACAAACACGUAUAAAACCCAAGAAAAACCUUUAGUUUUAACUUUUUUGUGUAAAAUUGAACGAUUAUAGUAAUUAUAGUACGAAUAUAUAAACAAAAACAAGUGUAACAAAAACGUUUAAAACAACAAAAUAAAUAAACGAAGAAAAAAGUUUUUAAGCUAUAAAACUACAAAAAAAGUGAAGUGAAAAGAAUUUGUGCCAUAUUAACAAUUCCAAAAAGAAAAAUUAAUAGACAUGUUUGGUUUAUAAUUAUAUAAAUAAAAUAACUUAAACUUUAACCUUUUACAACUAUUAAAAAAAUACCAGUGUUUAACCAACUCAAAAAAAAAAAAUUCUACAAACAUCUUCAAAAUGAUUGACUCAGCGUGUAAUUACUUAAAUCCUUAUGCCACAGCUUCCUUGGCUGCCUCCUCCACACAAUCAUCAGCCUCAUCCACAUCAACUGGCUCACUGACAAAUCUCAAUGAGUUUUCGCCAUCUGCUGCUGCCGCUUCGGUUUUAUAUAACAGUAAAUCAGUGUCAUCUUCUUCGUUAACAGCCUGCAAUCCCAUGAAAUUGGAAAUGCAAUAUCCGCCACAAUCAUCAUCAUCUACGGGUUCGGCUUCGCCCAACUCGAGCAUACAGUCGGCACCAUCAUCAGCCUCAGUGUCACCUAGCAUCUUUCCCUCACCCGCCCAGUCAUUUGCCUCAAUUUCCUCCAGUCCGCCUGCUUCGGCCACCUCAGCAUCACCCUUAUCCGGCUCACAUACAGAAUUGGGUGCGGCUGCUGCUGCCUCGGCUGCUUACACAUGGAAUACGGCUGCCUAUACAGCUGCAUUGCCAACAAGAACACAAUUUCCUUAUGCUCAAUAUGCCUCAGAUUAUUAUGGCAAUGCUGUUGGUAUGUCGGCUGCUUCAGCUGCUGCGGGUGCUUGGUUUUCGCAUCAGGAUCGUUUGUAUCAGCCCUGGUCUGGUCAAACUUAUCCCAGUUUUAAUUUCGAUGAUAUUGCUUUCCAAACUCAAUUGCAAAGACGUUCCGUACGCUGCACUUGCCCCAAUUGUACCAAUGAAAUGUCGGGUCUACCACCAAUUGUGGGACCCGAUGAGAGAGGUCGCAAACAGCACAUAUGCCAUAUACCUGGCUGUGAACGUUUAUAUGGCAAAGCUUCGCAUUUGAAAACUCAUUUACGUUGGCAUACCGGAGAACGUCCUUUCUUGUGUUUAACCUGCGGCAAACGUUUCUCACGUUCCGAUGAAUUGCAACGUCAUGGACGUACUCAUACCAAUUACCGUCCCUAUGCUUGCCCCAUUUGCUCCAAGAAAUUCUCACGCAGUGACCAUUUGAGCAAGCACAAGAAGACCCACUUUAAGGAUAAGAAAAGCAAAAAGGCCAUAGCCGCUGAGGCUAAAGAACAGGCGGCUGCUAUUAAGCAAGAAAAGACUUUGGAACAACAGCAACAACCGGAAAAAACCAGUCCAGCUAAGUCACCCAAUAUGGCCAAUGGUAUGCCAAAUACUCCCACUGCCUCAGCAGCCACCACCGUCAAAAGUCCCUUAUCCCUUAACUCACGUUUGAAUAACAAUGUCAACAAUCCAAAUCCUCAACAACAACAGCAGCAGCAGCAACAACAAUCUGUUGUACCUCAACUACAGCUGAAAACGGAACAAACUGAAAUCGCCUCAAAUUAUACACCCUACAGCAAUUUAUAUCAUCAAACCUCGACAUUGUUCCAGCCCCAUUUGACAUCGCCAACAAGUUAUGGAACAACAAAUCCAGCUAACGCUAGUGUACAACAAACACCACCACCUACCUUCGAUUUGUGGAAUACUCAACAACAGCAACCGACUAGAAGUGCCAUGGAACAGCAAACAACCAAUAACAGCAACAAUGCAACAGCCACAACCGUAGCUACCUCAAAUAAUGGACAUAAUUUAACACAAUCUCCAAAUAUGCAGACGCAACAACAAGCAACUCAAUCGCAACAACAGCAACAACAUUCCCAAACAUCGCAACAUUACAAUGCCUUGGCCAUGCAAAGUGAAUCACAAUUAGCCGCCGAAUAUGGCAUAACCAUGUCUUCACCUCACACCAACAAUGGCAACACAUCACCUAUUUCCCAUCAUCAUCCUCACUCUUAUUCCCAUUCGCAUCAUCAUCACAUGCAACAUCAUAUGCAACAUUCCUCUACCUAUUCCAAUUUAAUAGGACAAAUGAAAUCGGAAUAUCCUGCAUAUGCUGACUUCUCUACCACUUCAACAUAUCCCACACCCACUUCAGCUUUCCAUCAUCAUCCUCAUAAUCCUUGGGCUGCAGCGGCUGCCUAUCAACAUCCUCAUCAUGCCACUGCUUAAACUCAAGGAUAUUCCGUAGGAAAUGUUUAAAAAACGGUUGACCGUUUUCUCCACAUUCAACAUCCUAAGGAAGUGUUGUGUUUGUUUUGAAUUUUGUAGAUUUUUUUUUAUUGUUGCCUAAUUGUGUAAUUU